ACCGGUAGAGUCAAAUGAAGCAUCAGUAUCAUAUAAAAAGCCGGCUAAACUUCCAAUUCGAUAUCAGUAAGCCUUCUCAAGUCUUUCAACAAACAACAUGAAGUUCCUCAUUGCUUUCGCCUGCCUAUUGGCCGUCGCUGUUGCCAACGAAGAUGCCGAAGUCAUCACUAACAAACAGGAAGUGAACGUUGACAGCUUUAAAUAUGCUUCGAAGCUUAGUAACUCCGCAGAUGUCGAGCAGUAUGGUAACCUCAAUGGUGAAGAGUGGGUGGUAAAGGGCAAGCAUGGGUGGACCUCUCCCGAGGGUCAGCAAGUGGAAUACAACUAUAUCGCCGAUGCCAACGGCUACCAGGUGCUCUCCGCCAACCCUCCUCUGCCUACUCCACCCCCAAUCCCAGAGGCCAUCAAGCGCGCUAUUGAGUGGAUCAAGGCCCACCCUUCCAAGGAUGCAUGAAUAAAUAUAAAUAAACGUGUUGAAAAUUA